CAUCAGACACAUCACAGCGAGAGUGAAACUGUCUCAAACAUGAAGCAUCAUUGUGUCAUCAAACACGGCAUCUUCAAAGAGUUCCUCGCCGAGUUCCUCGGGACGUUUGUGCUGGUGUUGUUUGGUUGUGGGUCUGUGGCUCAGACAGUGUUGAGCAGAAACACUCUCGGCGAGCCGUUGACCAUUCACAUCGGCUUCAGCACUGGACUCAUGAUGGGUGUGUAUGUGGCCGGCGGCGUCUCAGGUGGUCACCUGAAUCCCGCCGUCUCUCUGGCGAUGGUUGUUCUGGGGAAGCUGAAGAUCUGGAAGUUUCCCAUCUAUGUUCUCGCUCAGCUGCUGGGAGCGUUCGCUGGAGCGGCCGGAGUGUUUGGACUCUAUUUCGAUGCGUUCAUGGAAUUCACGAGUGGAAUUCUGUCUGUGACGGGAAUCAAUGCCACAGGACACAUUUUUGCAUCAUAUCCCGGCAGACACCUCACAAUACUAGGUGGAUUCGUGGAUCAGGUGGUCGGAACAGGAAUGCUGGUUCUGUGUAUUCUGGCCAUCAUUGAUGGGAGGAACAUCGGCGCUCCUAAAGGUGUGGAGCCUCUGGCCAUCGGUCUGAUUCUUCUGGGCAUCAGUGUUUCUAUGGGCCUGAACUGCGGUUACCCUCUGAAUCCCGCACGAGAUCUCGGGCCGCGGCUCUUCACCGCUGUAGCCGGAUGGGGAAUGGAGGUGUUCAGUACUGCUGAUUACUGGUGGUGGAUUCCUGUGGCAGGACCGCUGGUAGGGGGCGUGGCCGGAGCAAUUAUCUACUUCCUGUUGAUCGAGCUGCAUCACUCCAAUCACACAGACAAACCUCAUGAAGAACCCGAGGAAGAGGAGGAUGAAGACGAGGACAGCAGUCUGAAGGACAAGUACGAGAUGAUCAACAUGAGCUAGAAACCAGAAACAUGAACAUGAAUUUACAGAAGAUAAUGAACGGCUGCAUUUGAAUGUGAACAUUCAGUGUUUCUGCACGUCUGAUAAGCAGUUUUUACUUCUACAUGCUACACGCAACAAUUUACAUUUAAUGAUUCAUGGAAACAAAAAAACAACCUGUUUGUCAAAAAGAGCUGAAAAUGUUUUGCCACUUGAUUUUUGCAUUUUCAUGUAAUGUUUAUUUAACCUAAAUGUCAUAGCGGUAAUUGAAAGUUUUAUGUUCUUUUGAAGCUUACAUGUAUAGUAAGUGUUUAUGUAUUUGUGUGUGUAGAUCAGACUUAUUUGAGUUUGACUGUCUUUCAUAAAAGUAAAGUAGAGAAUCAUUUUUUGUAAUGAAAUCCCAAGACUUAAACUCUAUGUUUAUGUUUUUGCUGAAAUAAAGACUGAAC